GCUAUACUUGAAAAAAAUUGUUUUAAGAUCCCCCACGAUGUAUAUGACUUUGUCACUUGUCAGACCAAUAACAUUAGAACACUUCAGCAGAAAAUCAUUAGCAAAGAAAUUAUGUUUAUUCGAGUCUAGAUAAGGAAUUGUUCGUGAAAUAACCAAAAAAAAUGAAAAAAUUGUAUUAAGAUGAUAGAGAAAGAUAAGAAGAGAAAGAAGCAGAAAGGAUGAGAUUUUAGUUAUUUAAUGAAUUAUAGUUUUUUGGGUUAUAACUUAUAAGGUUUAGUUUCUCUUUAGUUUUUUUUUUGUUUGUCAACAAUUUCCUUUUAGAUAAAAUGAUGAAUAAUUUUGUUCAGAAAAAGAAAGUAAAAGAGAAAAAGAGUCCAUUCAAAAAUAAUAAUAAAAAACAUUAACAGAAAAGCAAAGCAAAGAAAUAAAAGAAAGGAAGGAAGGAAACGCAUAUAUAAAAAAUAAAAAUAAAGAAAGAUUAAAAAAAAAACAAAAAUAAAGAGCUCAGAUCCCUUCACAAGAAACUCCUUUCCUCCUCUGACGUUUCUCCACACUCAAAAUCUUAAUCAAAGCUCCUCUCUUUUUCUCUUUUCCUUCUGCUAAAACUGUUACUAAAUCUCUCCCAAAACUUUUUAUUUUCUGGUCGGAGAUCGAAAAAAAAAAACGAGGAGACAUGGCUGCUGCACCUGCCAUGAGGAUUGUGUUCGGUCUAUUGACAUUUGUCACUGUCGGAAUGAUCAUAGGUGCCUUGUUACAAUUGGCCUUUAUCAAUAGAUUGGAAGAUUCGUACGGAACUGGAUUCCCAUCCAUAAGGGGGCUUCGAGGACAGAAGGCCCGUUAUCUUCGAGAUGUUUCCCGGUGGGCAAAUGACAAAGAUGCAGAACUGUUACGUCUUGGCUAUGUCAAGCCUGAAGUAGUUAGUUGGUUCCCUCGAAUUAUUGUGCUUCAUAACUUUCUUAGCUCAGAGGAAUGUGAAUACUUAAAAGCAAUCGCCCGGCCUCGCCUUCAAGUUUCCACUGUUGUUGAUAUUAAAACCGGAAAGGGAGUUAAAAGUGAUGUGAGGACAAGCUCUGGAAUGUUUCUAAAUCACGUAGAAAGAAGCUAUCCAAUAAUACAGGCAAUUGAAAAACGAAUUGCAGUCUUCUCUCAAGUACCAGCGGAGAAUGGAGAGCUCAUUCAAGUCCUACGAUACGAGCCGAACCAGUUUUACAGACCGCAUCACGAUUACUUUGGUGACACUUUCAACUUGAAGCGUGGUGGUCAGCGUGUAGCAACGAUGCUGAUGUACUUAACGGAUGACGUAGAAGGAGGAGAAACUUAUUUCCCUUUGGCUGGUGACGGUGAAUGCACUUGUGGUGGCAAAAUCAUGAAAGGCAUCUCUGUGAAACCCACCAAAGGAGACGCAGUUCUCUUCUGGAGCAUGGGACUUGAUGGACAGUCAGAUCCGAAUAGCAUACAUGGGGGAUGUGAAGUUCUGUCUGGAGAGAAGUGGUCGGCUACUAAAUGGAUGAGGCAAAAAGCUACCUCUUAAAGGGACUUGAAACUUAAAACAAAGGAACCACAUGGACUUAUACUGAAAAUUGUCAUAGAAACUCAGAAUUUUGAUGUAUUCUCUUUUUUGUCCUUGAAUUUUAAAAGCUAUCAUAUACAUACUUAUAGAUAUGGGGUGUUUUCACUAUCCACCCCCCCUAACAACAAAUCCUUGGUUGACUAUAAUAGCAUAGAUGUUACCCCUGCA